UGACGAAGAGAAGACGAGACGAGACGAGACGAGAGGAAUCGAGUGAGAGACGAGACGAAUCGAGUGAUGACGGCGACAAUGGCGAUGAGAUUUGCUAGGGUAUUGGGGGGAAGAGGAGCCAGCUAUGCUCGUGGCUACGGUAAGAACCAGGGGCGAGAUUUGGUGUACCGUCCUCCGCCGCCGCCAACACUACGAGGUGACGGUCUACUCAGCCGUGGCUACAGUACGCCCCCACGAGAUUUGGUGCUGUAUUCGCCGCUGCCGCCGCCGCCACCACCACCACCACCACGACGAGGUUAUGGUAUCCUCGACCUGUUUCUCCAAUAUCUGAAAGAUGUGCUUGCCGAGGUCUAUUCCCUUUGUGUGAAGCUUGGGGCUAAGAUUGUGGUGGGAGGAGGACCUUUUCUGGUAGGUAUGGUAAUGCUGACUGAGCAUGGGAAAGCCAUACUUGCUAAAAUGGAAUCUUUUGGUUUAGGCAAAGCGGUUGAUUCUCAUCCUUUGCUUCAUCCUUUUGCUGGAGACAUUCUCGUUCUUCAAGCGUUGGCACAUACAGGGCCAUUUGCCAGGCACAGCAUCAUUGAUAACCCUCAAGAGUUUCUCUGGGGUAAAAACGGCGUGUAUGCAGGGGUUAAAUUUGAGAGAAGCGCCUUCACGGAUGCUCUCGGUUACCGUCCUCGUCAUCUUUGAUCAUCAACAAGUGGAGCGAUAAGGUUUUUUAGGUCCUCUGAUAUAUGUUAAUGAAAUAACUGGUUUGUCUGUCUGUCUGUCUGUGACUUUUGUUUUAGGAUAUCUAUUGUCUGUAAAUCUGAGACUUUAAUGACUAAACUAACACCCAAAGCGGUGUGUUAUCUAUGUCUUGUUCUUCUUUUGCUUCAUAAUCAUUGUGAUGAAGAGAUCAUUCACAAGUUAUUAACUCG